GCCGGCGCCAUGGCCCUGGCCGGCAGGACGGCGCUGCGGUGGGCCCGGCUGUGGAGCCGCUGCCCCGCGGCCUGCGGGCGGCCGUACAGCUCCCGCGGCGAGCGUUGGGCGUUUCUGUGUGUGAACCAAUGAGGUCAGGCUGGUUUUCUGCAUUUUUUUAGUCUAGCUAAGGAAAAUUUAGAUAUGUCGACGUAUCCUGUUGAAAGCAUUAGAAAUUUCAGUAUUAUAGCUCACGUAGAUCAUGGCAAAAGUACACUAGCAGACAGACUGUUGGAAAUUACGGGAACAAUUGCUAAGACUGACCGUAAUAAACAAGUGCUGGAUAAACUGCAAGUGGAACGUGAAAGAGGAAUUACCGUUAAAGCACAAUCUGCAUCUCUCUUUUACAAUCAUGAAGGAACAAACUACCUCUUAAAUCUUAUUGACACGCCAGGCCACGUAGAUUUCAGCUAUGAAGUAUCACGGUCACUGUCUGCCUGUCAAGGUGUCAUACUUGUAGUGGAUGCAAAUGAGGGUAUUCAGGCUCAGACAGUGGCAAACUUCUAUCUUGCUUUUGAAGCACAGCUUGCAAUAAUUCCUGUCAUAAAUAAGAUUGACUUGAAGAAUGCAGACCCUGAAAGAGUUGAAAAACAAAUUGAGAAGCUGUUUGAUAUCCCUAUAGAUGAAUGUGUAAGGAUUUCUGCUAAACAAGGAACAAAUGUUGAAAAAGUUCUUCAGAAGGUCAUUGAGAAGAUUCCACCACCCCAGUGUAGUACUGCUGAUCCAAUGAAAGCCUUAGUAUUUGACUCCACCUUUGACCACUACCGAGGUGUCAUAGCUAACAUUGCACUCUUUGGUGGGGAAAUUCAGAAGGGGCAUAAAAUUGUGUCUGCUCAUACAAAGAAAAGAUACGAAGUUAAUGAAGUUGGAAUUCUGACUCCGAAUGAACAGCCAACGCAUAACCUAUAUGCUGGACAGGUGGGCUACCUGAUUGCUGGAAUGAAAGAAGUAACAGAAGCCCAAAUAGGAGACACACUGUUUUUGUAUAAACAGCCAGUGGAGCCCUUGCCUGGCUUUAAGUCAGCGAAGCCAAUGGUUUUUGCAGGGAUGUAUCCUGUAGAUCAAACAGAAUAUAAUAAUCUCAGAAGUGCUUUGGAAAGGCUGACAUUGAAUGACUCCAGUGUAACUGUUCAUCGUGACAGUAGCCUUGCCUUAGGAGCUGGAUGGAGGUUGGGUUUCCUUGGUCUUUUACAUAUGGAAGUUUUUAAUCAACGUUUGGAGCAAGAAUAUAACAUGUCUGUUAUUUUGACUGCACCUACCGUUCCAUAUAAAGCUAUUCUUUCCUCGGCAAAGUUGAUAAAGGAGUAUGGUAAAGCAGAGAUUACUAUUAUCAACCCUGCUCAGUUUCCUGAUAAGUUUUCAGUAUCUGAAUAUUUAGAGCCAACUGUUCUUGGUACUAUUGUAACACCUCAUGAGUAUAUUGGGAAAAUAACUGCUCUGUGUCAGGAUCGUAGGGCAGUCCAGAAGGAUAUGUUGUACAUUGAUGAACACAGGGUUUUGCUAAAAUACCUCUUUCCACUGAAUGAAAUUGUGGUGGAUUUUUAUGAUAAUCUCAAGUCUCUGUCUUCUGGUUAUGCAAGUUUUGAUUAUGAAGAUGCAGGAUACCAGGCAGCAGACCUUUCCAAAAUGGAUAUUCUUCUAAAUGGAAAUCCAGUUGAAGAACUGGCAACAAUCAUACACAAUGAUAAGGCAUAUGCUACUGGUAAAUUCCUGUGUCAACGUUUGAAAGAUUCUAUACCUAGACAGUUGUUUGAAAUAGCCAUCCAGGCUGCUAUUGGCAAGAAAAUCAUUGCAAGAGAAACGCUGAAAGCUUACAGAAAAAAUGUUGUGGCAAAAUGUUAUGGUGGAGAUAUAACAAGAAGAAUGAAGCUUUUAAAGAGACAGGCAGAAGGGAAGAAAUUGAUGAGAAAAAUCGGCAAUGUGGAAGUACCAAGAGAUGCCUUUAUACGUGUUUUAAAGAGACAAACUGACAAAUAAACAUCAGUGACAUGGAGCCGAUCAUUCUCUCAACUUUUUGUAGGCAGUAGCAUAAUGAGCUAAUGUAUAAUUUAUCACUGUGCGAUGGAACAUAUUUGACUUUAAAUGGUGUACAUAUAUAUGCAGGAACAUAAACUGAAAGGACUAUGUACUUAAAAUGUACAGAUACUUAUACAUUAUUAUGAAGUUAAAGUUAUUUAACUUGACUUGACUGAAUCUAAAGGUUUUCAUUCUAUUGGUUUUCAUUGUAUUUCAUUGUUUUCAUACUUUUAACAAUUAAAGUUUAAUUAUGUUUUAUUUUUGCAUUGCAAGUCUUUGUACAAGAGAACAGGAACAAUGUGUCAAAAUGUUUAUAAACAUAAUUAAAAUGUAGGUGUAAACUGUUUUUUAAACAAAAGUUUGAACUGCUGCCACAAAAAUACCAAGCUACUUCCUGUUUUACUUUUUAAAGUUGCUGUUGACAGGAAAUCACGAGGCUGGGAAAUCACAUCAGCAAAAACUAAUGACUUUUUUUAAUGUCCCAUGCUAUUUAUUUUAAACUUGUUAAAGUUUAAAAUAGCUAUGCUGAUCUCUAAAGAAAGGGUAAGUUUUAAUAUAUUAAAAUACAAGAUAUGUAACUGUUCCACCAGUAAGACCAAUUCAGGCCUAAUUCCUUUGGCACGAAGGUUUGGUUAGAACGUAUCUUGGUGUAGUUGAAGUUUUACUUACAUUGUUCACAUAUUAAUGUUUGUCAAUGAGUUCUUUCCUGAAAGCUGCAGUUAAGUAUGCUUAGUACAAACUAUUGCUUCUGGAAGUGUAAACAAAGCAAUCAAACACAAGUUAGUGACUGUGCUCUAUAUACUGCAUUUACAAGUGCAUGCCCACCUCCACAAGCUUUUAAGCUUUUUUUAUUUUUUAAAUCUUCAGGGACUAAUUUGGGUCUUCACAGAUCUUCAUUUCUUGUUACUAAACAUAUUUUAGAGAACAAAUCACUAGUAAUACUAAGUAAUCACCAGGAAAGACUGCUCUUAAAUUUAGGCUUUUAACUUUGUGGAGUGAUGAAUAAAAACUAGCUUAUUUCAACCCAAGUGCAAGGAUGAAUUGGGAAAAUCCUUGGAGCAAUGGAAUUGAACUGGACACUACUGAUCCUGAAAAAAGGAACAAUGCUGUAGAUAAAGGUUCUCUAUCAUUAACAUAAUUAUUAUUCCUGCCCUAAAAAAGUCUAGCAAGAAUCAUCUUAAAGGAUAGCAUUUACAAAAGUACAGAUACAGUAAUAUGUGCUAAGAGCAAAGAAAAAUAUGGAGUUGUAAGGAAGAGGGAACUUUUUAUAAGUAGGAGGACAUUAAAAGCUAUGGCUUUCCACUCAUGCUUGAACCUAAAUUCUAUUGUUUCCUCAACAGAAUUCCCACUUUUGCCACAAGAUGGAUCAAGAUCAUUAAGAUAAAAACAUGCUUGUCUUCCUUUAAUAGUAACCUAUUUUUCAUCUCACACUUACAUACUACAAGUGUUUAUAAAAUAAAGUCUUUACUUAUCUAUAAAAACUAAGAAUGGAAAGCCUAGCACUGUACUUUGUGGGUCAUAUUCUACAUGUAACAACAUUCUCUUAAAGUACAGUCUUUUAAACUUCUCCCCCAAUGUUGCAUUAUGCUUUAAAAAUACAAGCGUAGAAGUUGAGUCUUAAACCUGAAAGCCUGUUCUGAAUCUGUGCUUGUUCAAUCUGCUGUCAAGAACUGAAACACUAGGCCUGGUUUCCUACACCACUGUGGACACGCUCUUCCACCCUUCGGUCAUUUCAAAGAAUCAUAGAACAGUCAAGGUUUGAAGGGACCUGGAAAGAUAAUCUGGCCCAACCCCUUGUGGGAAAGGUGAGCCUAAAUGAGAUUACCUAGCACCCUGUCCAAUCGCAUCUUGAAAAACCUCUAGCACUGAGGACUCUACCCCAGCCCUGGGGAGGUAAGGUGGUUUGUAAGAAAGGCUGCCUGCCUCUGACCCAGGUGAAAAGUUAAAACUGUUGAAGUUAUGCUUUGUUGCGCUUAUCUCCCAGUGAGUGGGUUUCCCCCCCUUCACUCCCCACCCAGUGCAAAAAAAAAGUAAAUCAAUAAACUGUUAACUGGAAGAAGGCACAAAAUUCCUAACCUCUCCCUGAAACCCCAAAGUAUUUGUUCAUGUCAGAAUUUAUAUUGAAAACAAAACAAUUUUGAAGUUACAUAUUUUCAUCUGAGUUUUACUUAUAUUCAAAGUAGGAAAUAACAUUCCUUGUAACAGCUCAAUGUUUAUGACGAUACAAUGAGAGGUAACUAUUGCAGUGAUUAACAGUUGACUUUAAAUGACCACGGAUGAAACUUGCAGACAUUCCUGUAAAUUAACCUAUUUUCAGGCAUUUAUUAGUAACAUCAAUGGUACAAUUAAACAGGUACCUUGAGAAAGGAACAUUUAGAUUUUUCCUUAUGUAUAAAGCUCAAUUACCAAAAAUAUAAAAGUCCUAAAGUAAUUUGAAAUACAUGAGAGGAAAAAGUGCUAUGGCAGAAGUCUAAUAUUUUUAUCUGUGGAAUAAGUUAACUUUUAAGAAUUUGGUGCAUUUGUAGGCACUGGUUUUGUAUUUUUAUUUGCCUGAAUUGUACAGCAGGACUUGAGAUGCCCAAAAACUGUUUGAGAUAAAUUUAAGGCAACCAAGUGCAAAAGCUCAGUGUACAUUAGAUAUAUGUAAACAGAACAUUUUAUAGUAGAAAUUGUACAACUAUUACAAGUCCAUAGUAUCGACAAAGGCCAAAACCAUUCUGCCUAGAGACACAAAUUCAAAAUGUAGUUAUACUAAUCAAGCCAAAAACUACAAAUUCAUGGAAAUAAAAUAUUUUAACAGAAGGCAGAUGCAUUACAUUGCUGUGCUAGAAUAAGCGCUCUGCUUUUUCCCCCCUACAUAACAUGCAGUAUCCCUCAAGUUUGUUCUGUUCAAUUUAGUUAUGUACCAGCCAACAACAGAGCUCCAAAUGUUAAAGCAAAAUGCACAACACAGCAAACACAUGGAAUGUGAAUGUACAGAUAUUGGACCUUUUAUAAAAUACAGUACCUAGGAUUCCCCAUUUUAAACAGUUUUCAACAUAUUGCAUAGCAGUGAACUCAUCUGCUACCUAAAACUGUUGCUGUUGACCCACAUGGAGUUCCUCUUCAAUUCUUCUUUCAAUUUUCUUUCAUACUGUACAGUGGGUCCACAAGCUUAUUGUGCACAUGCAUUAAACCUUGGGGGGAAAGCAACAAUGCCAGCUUUACAUUAGUCAUACUUUUUCAACAUGUCUUUCUAUCCACAUUUUUAUUGGGAGUUUGCUUCAAAAGUAUACAUUUUAAGUAGUUCACUGGAGAGAGUAACUGGCUAAAGUAGUUUAAUAUCAGAAGAUAGAGACAGCACAUAUAUUCCUGUAUCACUUGAAUACUACUAAGAACUUCAGUAUAAAGUGAGCAGGGAUGAGACAGUUCUCUGAUAAUAGAUCCAUCAAAAAGUAGAUCUGGAAUGCUUCCAAACGAAUUGAAUGCACGAGAUCCACCCAUCUCCUUUGUGUUAAAAACUGCGUAACAGCAACAUAACAUUCCCUUGUACCACAAUUUGUCAUAAAAGUCAAAUGUACACAUACUGAUACUUUUACAACUUGAAUUGCAAUGUUCUAGCAUUGUGGUAUUACUGUUUUUGUAAUUAAUAGUGUACUUGAGAUCCUAGACAGGAAAAACAAAGUAUCCAGACUGUUAAUGCAGAUUCAGAACUUAAGUAGUUGAACCGUUUUCUAUUCUAGCAUAUGACCAAAAAGAACCCAGCAAGUCAUCCAUAGCUGUGGUUGGAGUAUUUUUUUUUUUCCUAUUCAUAUAUGUUUAAUUUUGGAAAGUGCUGAAGAGCAGAGCAAUAAAAAAGAUGCUUUUUUGUAACAACUCAGUAAAAACAUUACCUACAGCUAGGUAGGUAUGACAUUCAGUCACUGGUGUGUUUUUAACCUUAUUUCACCUUAAAGACUAGUAACAGUAACUUAUCAGCGUUCAAAAUCUGCAAAGUAAAAGUCCAUUUUAGCACCAAACUAAAGAUUAACUUCUAAAAUCGCAAAUUUAAGUAAUAUACAACUUUAAAAGUAGAGAAAUUUUUUUAAAAAACCAUGAAAGAAGUCUGACAAUAGCACACAUUUUAAUGAUUAUAUAUGGCAAAGAAUAUUAAAAUGCCUUUGCUACAUGAUGCAUCUGGUGGCAAACUUAGUGUCACUGCAGCAGCAUGAAAUUUGAAUAACUAUACAAUCUGAGGUCAUUACUGUAGGUGACCACAGCAAAAGUCAUUCUACGCAGCAUCUAUUUCUAACUGGUGAUUAAUCUAAAAUACAGAUGUUUAUUUCCUUCUCCACUUAGUGACACCUUUAAUCAUACUAAACAGCCAACGCACCUGUAACUGACUUGAAAACCCAGCACAUUUUGCCUCUAGAGGUAAUGACUUAGUUUCAGAUAUUUGU